GAGCUCCUGUGUAUGGUACUUCUAUGGUGAAUAUAAAUCCAAAUCUAAAUAAUUUAACACCUGAGCAAUGGAAGAGUAUAUUUUACAAAUACGACAGCGAGAAUAAUGGUUCAAUAUCCGCAACGGAGUUACAGAAGUUAUUAUAUGACGAAUUCAAAGUAUUUCUCACCAUUCGCUUUGCAGAGACGUGUAUACUUGAAAUUAAUUGUUUUGAAAGCAGUGUAAUAGGAUGGAAACAGGUGAAAAAAAUGAAAACAAUAAUAUUUGUAUUGUCACAGAGAGAAAGUCUAGAGGAGUAUAAAAACUUAAUAACAAACGAAAAUACUUCGUGUGAAAAUUUCGUGGUCACAAUGACGAGUAAAUUUAAACAUGUGUUUUGGUAUGAGAAUGAAGUUUUAGAAGUACUCAAAAUUGUCGGCCAUGACGAAAAAUUACCGAUUCCAUCGACGACGUACCACGAAAUACUAAAAAUGUUACCGGCUUCGUUACGGAUGGCACUUAUAUUCUGGGAUUAUAAUUUGAGUUACGGCAGAUCUGACGACGGCCUUCAUGUUCAUGGUUUUCUCCAUUAUAUACGUAUACAUUGGCGGUUCAGAGAAAUACCUGGUUCUCUCAGAUUUAGACUCCAAAAUCGACUCAAGUGUGUAAUGAUGUGACCAUUGGAAAAUAUAAAAAUGUUUAAUAGAUACCAACGAUUUGUUAAGUUUUUGGUAUUUUGUUCAUUUUGUUUUUUGCAAGCUAAAAUCAUAUUUAUAACUUUUUCAGAUGUUACAAUAUAUUUCUUAAAAAAUAAUAUUAAACAAUACUGUAUUCACUAGAACAUUACAUUACUUACAUUUUUAUAUAAAA